AUGAAACACUCCUGGCCGUCGUUGCCUGUGGUGUUCCUCUAUCUUUGCUUUGUGUUUUUUCUCAUCUUAGCUGCUGAAUACUGGAGGUAUGCAGGAAAUGACAUUGCCAGUUAUUCCGAUUCGACAAGGUCAUCAACUCUCUAUGACAAAUAUUGUGUUCACUACAAUGUUAUCGCUCCCAAGUUCACUUAUUUCGACCGCAUCACACAGAUCUUGCAUGUUAGCGCUGACGUCCUGGACAACAGAAUCAUUGAGCAGGUAGAAAACUGGGACGGACCGGUCUCGAUGAGUGUUGUGCUGCGAUCCAUCGCCCAGUACCAUUGCACUGCUCGCUUUCUGAAGAAGAUUCGUCGAUUGUCUGCCGAUGUCGAGCGGCAUCUUCGAGCACAUUUGGUUUUCCCGAAGACAUUGACGACGAAUUGCUCUGCUCCAUUCAUCCCGCCAUCGUUGUCGUCCGUUUCUGAAUGUGAAAAGCAUCAAGUGCCUAGCGUCGAGCAAAUCGCUCUCUAUCCUGUCAACAUUGCGAGAAAUAUCGCUCGCAUAGUGUGUUAG